AUGGAGUCUGAGACAAUACUGCUUUUAGGGGCAACAGGUGGUUCGGGCCUUGCCUUCAUCGAAGAAGCCCUCAACCUUCCCAAGCCACCCCAUCUAGUACUUUACGUCCGCACUCCUUCUAAAAUUCCAUCCGAUAUUGCUAAAAACACAAAUGUAUCCCUCGUCAACGGAGACCUCACAGACUUUGACGUCCUCACAUCCGCCAUGAAAGUCCAUUCCAUCACAACAGUCAUCUCUUUCCUCGGCGCAUACGUCUCUUUCUCCGCUAUGCUCACCCGCCGCACCGACACGCCAAUUGCGGACUCUUUCCCAACGAUUAUCCGGGCUAUGGAAGCCAACGGAGUCAAACGUAUACUCGCCCUAUCGACGGCCUCAUACUGGGUUGAGGAACGAGACGUCGCGACGUGGACGAUGUCGAUUUGUGGGACUAUGCCGAAGCUCUUUGUUCCACAGGGUGAUGCGGAGAUGGUUCAGAUUGCUAAAAAAGUGAGCGAAAGCAGCGCGGAUCUAGAUUGGACCAUCUUUCGUGUUCCACAUCUGACGGAUGGUUCUGCGGAUCUUCCUGACCGAAUCACAAAGGUGGUUUAA